AUACACCAUUAACAUCAUACUUUCAUUCUUUCAUCCAAAUCUACAUAUUUGAUAUCUCUUUCUUCAAAAGUGCCCCAACAAUGGCCGGUGGAAAGUCCAAGUCGAAGGCCUCCAAGAAGAAGGGCAAGGCUGAAGCUACGACAUCUGCGCCCCAACGGUUUCCCUAUCUAAACGGCUCAUUUCUUGAGUUCGGGCCAGAGGAAGAACUCACGCGCUUCCUCAAUCACUUUGCCAAACGCCCGAUCUCUCCACCUCGCGUGCUACCGGAGCUAUAUCCUCAAGACAAAGGGUACCACGACCUCGACAAUCAACUCAAAGAGUCGGGUUUGUGGCCCUUCGUCUCCAAGAGCCGCACCUCCUUCAAUCCCGCCUAUGUCUGGGCCUUCUACUCAAAUCUGCGCCGUGACGGGGACACCAUCUACAGCAGCAUCAAUCUCUACGACAUAGAGAUUGACUUGCCGACAUUUGCACGGAUCGCAGGGCUGCCCAUCCGCGGUGACGACAUCGCGACAUAUGGUGGCGUUGAUUGGAUCCUCAACAACGAGGCAGUCGUCAUCCGCGAGCUUGGGAUCACAAACUUGAUCCACCACAGGGGCGCGCCGACGAUCCACUCGGCCCCACCGGACAAGCGCCUCCUUCUCUACAUCAUCAGCCAGAUUCUUCGCUCCCGGGACAGCAGCCACACAUCGCUCUUCAACGAGGACUUGAAGGCGAUUCAUGCCAUCAUGCACGGCGCCUCCAUCAACUGGGUGAAAUUCAUCAUGAUUCACAUGGCGGAUUGCGCCUCCAUCGCCACCGAGCGGAGCUUGCCAUACGCCUUCCUCGUCAUGGACCUCAUCGUCUCCGCCGACAUCAACAUCACCGGGCCAAGCACGAAGAUGACGAAGCUGUGGGUCAUCGCUGACACCACCCUCAAGAAGAAGUCCGGCGACCAAGACGGCGCCGGACCGAGUCGUGCCCGCGCCCCAGCCCGUGCCCCUGCACCCGCUCUUGCCCGAGCCUCGUUGCAGUCCAUAGCCAACACACUAAAUCGGCUGACCCUCACGGUGGACGACAUGGGGCAGUACAUGGAGCAGAUGGAUUGGACGCUGCAACAUCAACACCACGACAUGACGGCGUUCUUCCGCGGCAUCAACUACGUCCCGCCGCCCUUUGACAGCACCAUCCUUGAGGAUGAGGACGACGACUGCUACGCUCCGUCCUCCUCCCCCGACGAGGCCGACUUCGAGGACGCAGUUGACGGCGAUCCCAUGGACGUCGAGGACGACGAGGAUGACGAGAGGAUGACGAAGCCGACUCCUAGACUCUUUUUAUUCCACUUUUAAUUUGAUUGUUCUUCUUUCCAUCUUCAUUCCGUUGUAUUCCGCAUUUCCCUUUUGUUUUAAUGAAUAAAAGUUUACUUUUAAU